AUGACAGCGGAUGUAGUAGACGAGCAGGCCAAAAAAGCGCAAGACGAGGCUGAAAAUACCGGCAAAGUCGUUGCUGUUGCAGCGGAGGUUCCAGUCGAUAUCAGCGAAUUCACAGGAGUUGCUCGCGACUUCGACUCUAUGAGAACUUUGACGGCUGAGGCUGGUCUCAUUUCCAGUGGUGCACAGACUAGCUACUUUUUUCCUGAAGGCAAGUUUCCCAUACAUUAUCCCCAGAUGCCUGCAUGGCGGCCCCUUACUAUGAGCUCGUGGUGGAUCCUUAUGCUCAUUAUUCUUGCACUUGCACUCGCUGGUGUACAGGAAUAUCUCUGCCAGGUUUCCUUACGCGAUGUCAGAGAUCAUCCAAAAAAUGGUGGGUUGUGGAAGUUCAAGAAGGUUAACAGCUUGUCUGUCGCGGAAUACUUCACCUGGCAAUACGCGCCCAUCAUGAUUUCGGUCUUCUAUGGCGUUCUCUGGCAAAUGUCGGAUUUCGAGGUCAAACGUUUGGAGCCAUUUUACCAGCUAUCCAAGAAGACAGGCGCGACAGCAGGGGAAUCGCUGAAUAUGGACUACUUGACGUUCUUGAGCUUCCUAGUACCACUGAGAGCACUUCGUCACAGACAAUACGCUGUCAUUUACAGCUCGUUGGGCACAUUGGUCGCUAGCAGUCUUGUACCUGUCUUGCAGAGUGCUUCUAUGACUAUGUGGCCAGACGAGAAGGACCGUAAUCUUGGCGACUGGAAGGCUGUGAGAGUCGAACCGGCCUGGUCUAGAGCGCUUUCAGCGUGCCUUUUGAUUGUCGCAGCUUGUGGCGGGGCGCUGAUGUACGCGAUGCAAAGAAAGAGCGGCUUGCAGUCGGACCCCAAGGGCAUCGCAGGCAUCGCGGCCAUGGCUACAAAAAGCCAUAUCCUUACGGAUUUCAAAGGGCUUGAUCAGGCUUCCUUGCCACAGAUACAUAAGCAGCUUCGCCAAAGAAGAUAUAUCCUGCACAAAAGCUCACUCUGGCAAGGAGAAUACAUAAAGAGCAAGGAAAAGAUACACGAGCAAGGCUCUGAUCCUAGGCCGCUCAUGCUUCGUAUGUGGGCGGGCGUACCCUUCAUUGGUUUCCUCUUCUUGUUCACCAUUGCGGUUCCACUCCUCACAUUCGUUGAGGAGACGGGCAUCAUCACACAAACGCUGCCCUGGAUGAUGACAGGAAUAGCGACUGUCAUACGCAUACUCUGGAACACCAUGAACAGCGAUGUUCGCAUGCUACAACCUUUCUACCUCCUUUCCCUUCGACACGCCCCCGCCAAGACUCUGACUCUCGACUAUGCUGGCACGAAUCCUCUCUGGUUGCCCUUCGAAGCCUUCCUCAAUGGGCAUUACCUUGUCAUGCUCGUCGCCUUUGGAUCCAUCCUUGCCGAGAUACUAACCGUCUGCGUAAGUUCGCUCAGCGUCGACGGUAAGAAAUUCAUACCCGGAUUCGGCGGCCAAAAUCAGGAUGACGACCACGAUGGCGACAAUAGCGAGUCGAAUGAUCGAUGGAACACAGACCAAACGUUUCGCAGCUUCUGGUGGAGCUUCAUUCUCACCAUGUUCAUCUUGAUCUAUCUUAUCAGCAUCGCUCUCCUUACGUACGCGAAGCGCAGUCAGAAGUUCAUGCCCCGCGAGAUCGGCACAAUGGCCUCUGUCCUCGCUUUCAUCCAUCAGUCCAAGAUGCUAUUCAGCUUCAUUGACACGGAAAAGCUGAACUCAAGGGAGAUGACGAAGCACCUAGAGAAGAGCGGGAAGACGUACGCGUUGGGCUGGUUCCAAGGAAGAGAUGGCGAAGAUCACUUGGGCAUCGACGAAGAAGAGAUCAGCAGCGCGUACGUCUUUGGCAAGGAUUGGACUGAAGGGCGGCUGAGACCAGGUAGAGAUCUGACGUGGGAGGUUUAUUAG